ACGCCCCUGACCUCACGACGUCACAUAUCCAGAAGUCGGCUCGGCGAUGUUGUUAUGAAAAAAUGGCGGCUGACAGGAGGUGUGCGUUCAGGCGUGUUUUAUUUAUUUUGCUUAUCGGAUGGAGCCACUGUCGACAGCACCAUCUCAUUCUCAAGGAUGAUGUCCGGCAGAUGGUACAUUUGAACUCCUUUGGCUUCUACAAGGAUGGGUACAUGAAUGUGUCCAUGAACAGCCUUGUUCUUCAUGGCAACAUCGACAAAAUUGAUGACUCCACGAUCGGCUUCAGUUUGGACAGAACCAACAGCAACGGCUUCUCGACAUACCUGGAUGAGGAAGUGGAUUACUGUGCCCUGAAGAGGGUGCCAAACAGUGACACGGCUGUAGCUCUGCUGCUGAUCGACUUCCAGCACAGCAAGGUGAGAAUGAAAACCUCAACAAAGGACAGCACGUUCCCUGCCAUCGUGUCCGAGGUGCCCAUGCUACCUUUGGCAGAGGCGGGCAUGAAGGAGGAAGCAGAGUCUGGCGCCAAACACACUCCUUUGUCUGCUCCAGCCAAAGCCAAAGGGGACGGUGACGCCAGAGAGAGGCGUGACGCCACGCAGGGCGUUAAGACUGACUUGUCGUACCCCCUCCAAAGACAGGGGAGCAGCUACUCAUUUCAGUUUCACUUCAACGUCAGCAAUGAAAGCCAGCAAGGUCUGUACAACUUCUACUUUCACAACUGCUACAUGGUGGACAAGCAGCAAGCAGGACCAGUGCACUUCAGUAUCGACAUCAAGAUUGAGGAGAAGAACCCAAACAGCUACCUGUCCGCCGGCGAGAUCCCCCUGCCCAAGCUCUACAUCUUCAUGUCCAUUUUCUUCUUCCUCAUCGGUGUGCUGUGGGUCCACGUGCUGCGCACGCACAGGGCCGAUGUCUUUUCUCGCUUGUGGAACGCAGGCCGUGGUUUUGUCUCAGUCCUAACCAGGGCACGAUUUACCUUGCUGCUGAUUCAUCAGAAUGUCGUCUCCCUCCUUCAGAUCGUGUGCUACAUCUACUUCACCCGCAUAAUCGCUAUCCUCAUCAAGUUCAUCGUUCCCUUUCAGUGGAAGUGGCUGUACCAGCUCCUGGAUGAAUUGGCCACGCUGGUUUUCUUCUUCUUCACGGGGCACAAAUUCCGGCCUGCGUCCCACAACCCCUACCUGCUCCUCUCAAUGGAGGAGGAUGAGGACAUGAAGAUGGAGGAUGUGGUCACCACAUCGACGACGGGUAUGACGGAGGGUGUGAAGAAGGUGAAGAAGGUCUUCAAUGGGCCUUCAGAGGAGAAAGAGAGCAUGGCUUGAUUGAGAAGAUCUUCACAAUGUGGGUGGCGGUUGGCAGACGUAAACACCCCCCCCCCCCCCCCCCCUCUUUAUCUGGACCUUGUGGCUGCAGUUCUGAACUGGCCCCAAGGCUUCAGGAUCCUUUGGGACUUGUCUAUACUUGGCUUGGAUAUUUUUUUUUUUUUAUUGUGAAGGACAACUGCUGUCGAACAGCCACAUCAACAGAGCCACUCACACACGCUCUUGCACAAGUACGCCCACAUUUUGGUGCUCUGAUGUACCAACACUUCUUCCUCUCCCUCAUUGUACGGGCCGUCAAGGAAAACUCAUUGAAUUGUUAGUAUUUAUUUUGAUUUUUGUGGUGGCGGUCUUGUUUUUUUUUUUUUUAUUAUUAUUUAUUGUGUUUAAUAUGAUAGAGAAUAUUAUUAAUGUGAUUUAUAAGAUGCACAAACAAGGGCUCUUCUCACGUUGUGGGUUACUUCUGGCUGUUGGGUACUCCCACAUGGCAGUCAGGGUACAAAGUCAGUGGAUUGGGCCAUAACAGAUGUUCACCUAUUUACACCCCCCAUAAAUAUUUAUUGAAAAUGUUGAGAUACUUAGCGAUACUUAACCCUUACCUGCAGCCGCCUUGCCACCUGCGAUGCCGCUUUCAGGGUGUAACACUGUCCUGCUUCUGUAUGCUUCCCUGUCGGGACUGAAGGAGGGUGCAUCAAUUUAGCUAUUUUGUAACGUAAACAUGAGUAGCAUGUUUGAAACCAUUUGGGAAGUAACAUACAAAUCCACACAGGUGGAUUUUGUCUUGCUGUGAAAAUGGAGACUCGGGUUAUGGUUUUCUUGCCAUCAGGAUUCUGUCCAAGGUACAAGUUCCUACCAGACAGAUCUGUCAUGGGGAACGAUGCUUACUUCCCCUGCGGCAAUCCUGGGUGUGCAGUUUGAGAUGUACAAGGGUGUUCUUUCCGCUUCUUGGUUGUUGUUAUUUUUCAUUUUGGAUUUGGAUUCUUUUCUGUUUCAUAUUUGUAAAUAAUAAGCGUGUUCUGUCUGUCUGUCUGGGCAAACUUCAGAUCUUUAUGUUCUUAAAUCAUUCACUUUAUUUUGCACCCAUAAUAAAUGACAGUCUAAUCAUCUGUCAAAUGAUAUUAAAAGUGGGGAAUUUUAUGGAAUGUAUAUCAUGUAUAUUCUAAUUAUAUUUAAGAAAUUAAUAAAGUGAAACAGAACAGAUAUCCUAUAAAGAUAUAAAUUACACUCAAGAUGGAUUCCAAAAGUGUGAGACUACUAAUGCAAAUGUUUCCAUUUUGCAAUUUAAUGUGAAAUUGCUAAUUUUCAAAGGAUAACAAUUUGAGUGAAAACUUGCAGCUGAUAGUCUGUGCAAAACCUGAUGGUCUAUGUUAUCCAGACAAAGGUCAUCUUGUGAUCUAAUUGGCUGCUGGUCUUCCUUGGUCUUCAAGUGCGGUGGGGAGACUGAGGAAGGAAGUCCAUGAAAGUCCAUAUUUAUUGCUGUUUUUAAGUUCUUGCAAAGCUCUUAUGUUUGGGCUCGAUGUCUUGCAGUAUGAAUCCCUCUCCUCACAGAUCCAAAGCAGAGGAUGCCGUAUGUCUCUGAAGUAUGGAGCAGUACUUUUUCCUUGUCAGGGUAUAAUCGAUUCAUUGCUUUUGUCUCCGACUCCAGAGUAGGUAAAACUCCCCUAGACUUGAAUAUUCCCUCCCCUAUGUUUUCCUGUUAUUAAAAUGUUCUUAUGUAAA